AAGUGAGAGCAGUGAGGCUCUGGCGGCUUCUGGGCUCGUGGAAAUGAAGCUGAAGGAGGCGGCGAUGGCGGCGAUGGAGUCAGGCUCGGACUCGGAGACGGACUCAGAGGCGCUCUCGGACGCUGAGCUGCAGGCGGCCUUCGCUCGGGGCGACCUGAAACCGGGGCUCAACGUGGAGCUCGAGGCGCCGAAACGCAGGCAGAACGACGUGGCCGGCCUGAAUCAGUGUCUGGCCGAGUUCCGGAAGGACUUGCCGUGGCUGGAGCGGCUGGACGUGACCGUGGGGCCGGCGCCAGAGCUGCCCGCGCCGCAGACGCCCGAGAAGUCUGGAGCUGUGGACCCCGAGGACGACUUCCGCCGAGAGAUGACCUUCUACCGCCAGGCCCAGGCUGCAGUCCUGGCCGUCCUGCCCCGGCUCCACCAGCACCAGAUCCCCACCAAGAGGCCCCAGGAUUACUUCGCAGAGAUGGCCAAGUCGGACCAGCAGAUGCAGAAGAUUCGACAGAAACUGCAAACAAAACAGGCUGCCAUGGAGAAGUCGGAAAAGGCCAAGCAGCUGCGGGCGCUCCGGAAGUACGGCAAGAAGGUUCAAACCGAGAUCCUUCAGAAGAGGCAGCAGGAGAAGUCCAAGAUGAUGACGGCCAUCAAGAAGUACCAGAAAGGCUUCUCCGACAGACUGGACUUCCUCGAGGGAGAUGGGCGGUCACACUCUCGGGCUGAGAAGGACGGUGCCAAAGCCCAGCAGAUGAAGAAGGGGCCCAGUGCCAAGCGUCGGUACAAAAACCAGAAGUUUGGUUUUGGUGGAAGGAAGAAAGGAUCCAAGAGGAACACUAAGGAGAGCUACGAUGACGUGUCAGGCUUCCGGGCCCGGACCGCCCAUGGCAAGGGCCCUCACAAGAUGGGCAAGAAGCUGGCCAAUAAGAGACCUGGAAAACGGGCAAGAGAGAAAAUGAAAAACCGAGCACGCUAAGCAACGCCUUUUAUACAGAGGACACAGGCUCGAGCCACAACCAUCUCUUGGCUGCCUUUGCUUUCUGAGUUACGGGGUGGGGGGGUAUGAGCCACCCCUGUGGUGCUGGCUGGAGGGGGGCUAAGGAGGGAGGGUGGGGCAAAAAGGGCUUGGGUGCUUCAGAGGAUUGGGGUGUGGCCCAAGCACUGGAGCCGAGCGUCCCUGGCCCUGCUACUUCGAGCUCUGCUUGGCCUUUAGGCGCCAGAACUCUGCCAUGUACUUCGUGAUGUCCUGGUAGGUGCGGAAAAAAUUGAUCCUCUUGUCUCCGCGCUCGCUAGGAAUCUGGAGAGAGGAGGACACGUGGCAGUGAGGGGAUGGGCUGGGUGUUCCCCAUGCUUUGCCUCCUGCCCGCCCCAUCCAUUCAUAGCCCCUGUGGGGUCAGUGCCGGCCCCUUUCCAAGGGCUGGGUGAAUAAAUGGCUGUCAGGCUUAGGCCUGCA